AUGUCACUUGAGGAUGCGCUAGACCAGUUGCGGACACUUCUAGAAUCCGGAGAGGUCGAUUCAUCGUCUGUGUUUUUCCAAAUUGGUACUUAUCUGAGGGAUGAGACUAACAGGGCUAACGAGGCCCUGAGAGCGCUGGUUUCCAACAUUAUGGAGUAUACAAUUUUGAAGCAAGAGGUGGCUCCCUUGGAUGAUAUAUACAGAUUAUUGGCAAACUUCGUUGCCGACUCAAUACCGAACAGACAGCUAGUUUUGCACCAGGCAAGAGCAGAGCAGUUUUUUGCAUUCACACGAGACCAUAUCGACGGAUCGAAACACAGUUUCUUUAUUUUGCAUUUUCUGAAUAAUUUACUUUUGGACUAUCCAGAGGCAUCGAAGUUCCUCAAUGACAACGGAAGCGCUUUAAAAGUGGCCCGUCAGAGUGUUCCUGAUGAUUGGAAAGACGUGUGGACAAGCGUAUUGGAGGAACUAGCGAGCCAAAGCAUGUCUUGCGAACUUUUCCGAGCACUUAUGAACAUCGACCACCGUAACCUGAUGCUACAUAUGAGCAAAAACGACAUGGAUUUACAAAAUGACACACAGCUGAUGCACGACAUGAUUCAGCGGGUGGCAGAAGACGACGAUCGGCGACUGUUCGAAAGCGUGAUGAAUAUUUCGGCGAAUCCUUCCAACGCAAAUAGCGAUCUAGAGGAGUACCUCCAACUCAUUGAUACCGAAAAUAUGGCACUUCAGGCAUUGGGGAUGAUAAUUUUGGGAAAUUAUAUAAUGUCUCCGGAGCAACAAGCCGAGGUAGCUGCGAAGAUCAAAAGCGUCGAGAAAUUGGUUAAUAUCCUGACCAGCUUUGCUGCAUCUAGCAAGGUCGAGUAUCUUCAGGCUGUUUACCUACUGAACAAACUUCUGGGGAACAGGGAAUUCAGAGAACAGUUUCCCAAGAGGUCAUAUCUAAAGAUGCUGUUUUUGGUUGAUACUCUUUUUGAGAAGCGACUUUGCGAGAAAGAGUACAAAAACGUACUAAAAUUGAACCUUAUUUUCCAUUGGAAAUACUCAUAUAAGCUUAGUGAGGAUGAAGCAGGGCUUUUGGAAGAGCAUAUUGUGAGAUGGAAGUCUUACAAUUUCCGCGACCACGACAUCAAUUCUGAGCUUCAGAAAAUCAUGUACAAAAUUAUAGAGCAUAGGAAGGACACAACGCUGGCAAAUCUGGCAUUUGACGGUUUUGCCGCCAGCCCCGAAAUGGAGCGCCAGCUCGAUAUAGUGCAUUUACUGGAAAAAGUCAAAAGUUUAGGCAUUCUGAUUUCUAGAGACAGCAGCUCAAUCACCCAGCUACCAUGGUUUUCUGCUACAAUGGAAGAAAUCAAAACAGCCAUAGAUACGCUUCACCAACAGCCCCACUUCGAAAACGACCCUAGGCUGCACUUGCUCGACAACAAUUACCGAUACAUCUGUGCUAAAGUGGGAGAAUGCAAAUUAGUCUAG